CUGCAAGCAAAGCCACAGUAAAUCCAGGCUGCCACUUCGAGGAACUGGGGGCUGGAAAAGGACGAGGGAGAGGAGAUAGUUCCUCGUCUCCCACUGGAGAGAUCGCCUACCUUCGAAGCAACUUCUUAUUUCUAUCAAAGCUGUCAGCCAUAUCGAAUAUCAUAGUACCUCGAAUCAACGGUUAUCCUGGCUAUGCCUCUAGAGCGCCAACACAGAAAAGCCCGCUAUGCGUGGAGCCGCGAAGAGAACCGCCGACUGUUGCGCCUGAGAGAGGAACAUAAAAGUCUCAGUUGGGAGAAGUUCCACGAGUUAAACCUCUUCCCAGACCGAACCCUCCCGGCACUCCAGAUCCAGCAUUUCCGAUUACACAAGGGACGCAAGAAACCCAUCAGAGCUCGCAGUCGGAGCCAUGCACCAAGGCCCAGUUUCCGUGCGAGACGUACCACGGCUGCGACUCGGCACCGGCGUGCAAAGCCUCGCCAACUGAACUAUCCCAUCGUGUUCGAUGAUUCGGACGAUGAUGACUACGAAACUGACCAUGACGAUGAAGAGGAGAGACGAAAUUCGUCUCGUAGUGAAACGCCAGAGAGCGACGGAUUACAGGAUAGAAGUCGCACACCUCCCCAGGCGCCAGACGCAUCAAUAGAUGAUAGAUUACAGAGGGCACGAGAAAUGACAUCUGCAACAAUCCAACCCGCAAUCCAGCCCUCCACUACUGACCAGCCCGGACACCCUAGCCAUAGACUGAGAAGGCCGCCGAGGCCUGUUCUUCCGAGCACAACAGCAACACCAGAGCCUCCAGCUGCGGAUUUCUCCCCUCGGUUGACGCCUACCGAUUCUAAACUUAAAUACAAUCAAGUACAUGCGUCGCGGGCACGGUCGGCGGUUCAUACAAUCCCACCCUCCCCAGAGUCAACGCCUCACUCUGCGGCUUUAGUCCAGCAAUUUCGCGAUCCGGCCUCCGUGGCUUGGAACACAGUUCGGGAGCCAUCAAGCACAAUUUCAGAGCAGGUCCACCAAAGGCCUAGCCAGGAACAUGAGGGGCCAGUAUACGCGUCACCUAGUACAUUCCCACGACCAACUCCAGCGGAGUACUACUUCAACGAAGCGCGCAGCUUUCUAGCGCUAUGGUCAGAAGCAACCGAGAGGCAGCACGUGGCUAAUAUGGAGAGAAUGAAGGCGGAAAAUACCCAGCUAAGAAGAGAGUUCGAAGCUCGUCUGUCCUCUUUUGACAGUAUCACAGCUGAGCGAGAUCGUCUACGGGAAGAGAAUCGGGAAUUAGAGCGAGGUAUGCAGGAGCUAAAGAGGAAGACGGAGGAGGAUAUCCAACGCAUAACGGGGGUGUGCAAGACGAUGAGUGAGUUUGAGAAUCUAAAGGUUCUUGAUAUGUGGGGGCUUAGGACGAGGCAGUGAUUGCUUUAGCUUACUGCUUUACGUAGUCGGUGGAUGGACGGCUUACAGUUAUAUCGUUUACAGUGCAUCGUAAGUAAUGGAGGCAUUCAUAUUCCUGACCAGAGGGGUAUAAUUGACAUAGGAAGCGACGUUGAGCCGACCUCAGUAGCAUAAAUGACACAGA